AGAGGAAAGUGAGAAAAUACCUGAAUGUAUAUUUUGGGACAGCUAAGUAGUUUUUUGGGGUGGAAAAUGUUUUUUUCAGUGUGGAUAGGUAUAGAGAACAAUGUUUGGACAUCAUUGACCAUUGAAGUACAGGGGAAGAUUAAAUAAAUAGGCGCUAGGGUCUCAUGUUUCCUAAACAAUAAGUCGCUUAUCGCUCGAGACCGCAGCUGCAGGGAAGUUUAGAGAGGACCCCUGAUCGGGCCUAUUGUUAUUUUCACCCUGGACACUUAUCUACGGUAUCUAACCAGAUAUCGGACGGUUCGAAGAAUUGAGUCCUGAGUCCCCAACAAUUUGGGAGGAAGUAGCCUACCCUCAUUGCGACGGCAUGGGAUCUAGACUCGGAGAGGAUACUUGGGUUCAAGCUUCGUGAGAAUUUUCGCUGAAGGGCCUGUCCACUUCAACACCCCCCUCCUAUCUUUUUAUCUCUCUCCCUUUCCUCCUGUCUAGUGUAUUAUUUUCUUCUUCUUCCUCUCCUUUCUCUAGUCAAUCGUUUCCCUGAUUCCCUCUAUCUGGUGGGCUCUUCUCCCUGUCCUCUGGCCUCCAAAAUAGAUUCCUUCAGGAGUAAGGUUGACCUGCUGAAGCUGCCUCUGGCCCUAUCCACCAAGUCCAUCUCUGAGCGCAAGAGCCAGCUGGGCGGAGCCAGGGAACGAGGCACGGGGGGAGGAGGGGCCCGCAAACCCUGCCCACCGACCCGAGACAUGGACAACGAGUCACAGUACUCGGGCUACUCCUACAAGUCGUCCCACUCCCGCAGCUCUCGCAAGCACAGGGAUCGGAGGGACAGGCAUCGCUCCAAGAGCAGAGACGGCAGCAGCCGUGGAGACAAGUCUGUCACCAUCCAGGCCCCUGGGGAGCCACUACUAGACGCAGAGUCCACCCGUGGAGAUGACAGGGAUGACAACUGGGGUGAGACCACCACCGUGGUCACAGGCACAUCAGAACACAGCGUGUCCAACGAGGACCUGACGCGCGUCUCCAAGGAGCUGGAGGAAUCGUCUCCCCUGGAAUGCAAGCGCUUCCUGGGGCCUGUGCUGGGCGGCUGCCUGGGCUUGUUCGCCCUGUUCACCCCCCUGGCCUUCCUGGUCCUCCCCCAGCUGCUGUGGCGCGAGGCCCUGGAGCCCUGCGGCACGCCCUGUGAAGGCCUCUACGUCUCUCUGGCCUUCAAGCUCCUGGUUCUCCUCAUCUCCUCCUGGGCGCUGUUCCUGCGCCCGCCGCGCGCCACCCUGCCCCGCUUCUUCAUCUUCCGCUGCCUUCUCAUGGUGCUGGUGUUCCUGUUUGUGGCGUCCUACUGGCUGUUCUAUGGCGUGCGUGUGCUGGAGCCCCGGGAAAGGGACUAUAGAGGCAUCGUGGAGUAUGCGGCAUCGCUGGUGGAUGCGCUGCUCUUCAUCCAGUACCUGGCCCUGGUGCUGCUGGAGGUCAGACACCUGCAGCCUGCCUUCUGCCUCAAGGUGGUGCGCACCACAGAUGGGGCUAGCCGCUUCUACAACGUGGGACACCUCAGUAUCCAGAGGGCAGCAGUGUGGGUGUUGGAUCAGUACUACAGGGACUUCCCUGUCUACAACCCUGCUCUGCUCAACCUGCCCAAGUCCAUCCUCUCCAAGAAGAUGUCUGGAUUCAAAGUCUACUCUCUGGACGAGAACAGCACCAAUAACACCAACAGUCAGUCCCGGGCCAUGAUUGCUGCUGCAGCCCGCAGGAGAGACAACUCUCACAGCGAGUAUUACUAUGAGGAGGCCGAGCUGGACCGCAGGUGCCGCAAGCGGAAGGCCAGGCUGGUAGUGGCAGUGGAAGAGGCCUUCACCCACAUCAAGCGUCUCCAGGAUGAUGACCCCACAGCAUCGUCCCCAAAACACCCCCGUGAGGUGAUGGACCCCCGUGAGGCGGCUCAGGCCAUCUUCGCCCCCAUGGCCCGGGCCAUGCAGAAGUACCUGAGGACCACGCGCCAGCAGCCAUACCACAGCAUGGAGAGCAUCCUCACACACCUGCAGUUCUGCAUCACUCACAACAUGACCCCCAAGGCUUUCCUGGAGCGUUACCUCAGCCCGGGCCCUACCUUGCAGUACCAGCGUGAGAACGGCAGGGGGCGCCAUUGGACUCUAGUGAGCGAGGAGCCUGUGACCUCUGCCCUGCGUCAGGGUCUGGUCUUCUCCCUGCGCCGCCUUGACUUCUCCCUGGUCGUCACGGUACAGCCUCUCCCCUUCCUGCGUAUCGGUGAGGAGUUUAUCGACCCCAAGAGCCACAAGUUUGUGAUGAGGCUGCAGUCGGAGACGUCUGUGUAAAGGGGGUCAGUGGAGGCCCCUGAUCCUACUGGGAUACGCAGGGCGCUAGAUCAUCAUGUAAUCUCCUAUUGAACCAUUGUCAUGGAUGUUAACAGAAUGUGAUAAAGCUACAAUCUUCCAUAGACGAAGAUGGAUGCCUUGACCAUGUCUUUAUGAUACGCUGUACAAUUCCCUUGUUUUUCCAAAGGGAGCAUAGGCCUACAUUUAUUCUGAUGAAUAACAGCAUUUUUGCUACUUUGACUGCAACCACUGGAAUACAUAACUGUGUAGUAGACUCAUCACAUAAAGAUCCCUAGCUGACCGCUAGAGGGUCAUGGCUAGAAUAGAACCAGCUUUUGUCAAAUUAACGUCAAAAGUGGCAUUUUAGCUAACCCUAACCCUUUUCUUAAUCUAAUUAUCUUAAC